AACUAAUAAAUAAAAAACAAUAAUAGAACCAUCGAUAAGACAAAGCAACUCUAGAAAAUCUCAAUCCGAAGAUUCCGAACCCCAAAAUCCUCCCUCUCCGUUUUCCUCCUCCUCCUCAUACCUAUGUCUUCCAAAAAAGGCGGAGUAUCGCUACCGGACCGUCCCGGCGCCGGAGAUGGUAUCCUCUCUAGGUUUUCAUCAUCCAUAUCUGAAUCACCGAUCGUGUACCAAGGUAAGCGAGCCGCUUCCGAUGUCGCAUUUGUAGCCAAGAAACUUUUCAAGAGCACCGGAAAAGCCGCCUGGAUUGCCGGAACUACUUUUCUGAUACUCGUCGUUCCACUCAUUAUUGAGAUGGAUCGUGAUGCGCAGCUUACUGAGCUCGAGAUGCAACAAGCUAGCUUGUUGGGAGCACCUCCUCCUGCAGGAGCAAAGUGAGCAUUUUGAUUUCGUUUUUCUUUUGUCUUUAGGUGAGAGAAUUCAGGGAUAUGGAUAGUGUUUUAGGGACCUUGCAAUAAGAGUAUGCUAUGGAAUUUUCUAAUUUAGGGUUUGGAAACCCAAUUCGUUUAAUGUGAUCUGGAUUUAAUCUUUUUGGUCUUUAUGUUGCAAUGGAUUCUAUA